UUUAAAUAUGUAAUACAAAAACAAGAACAACAAAAAAUAUGCUUUGGAUCAACACGUCCACGUGAUACUUCCAAGAAGGGUAUGAGUCCGUUUAUGAAAUAUUAUACAUUAGAAGAUCAUCAGAAUGUAGCACCAAAUACAUAUAAUGUUUUGGAAUCCUAUAAAGCCAUUAAAGCCAAGCCUUGUUCUCAUAGUAUUAGUAAAAAAGGAUACAGUGGUAUUGCCAGAUUUGCUAAACAAGUCAUGGUCAAAGAUGAUUAUCCAUCACCAUUAGAUUACAAUAUUUCUAUAUUUCCUAAACAGAUACACAAAUUAAAGUCUCUAUCUAAACAUAAUAAUGAGAAGAGGCCAUUCAAUGCAAAUACAAUUCCAGGUCCAGGGAUGUAUGUCAGUACGAAAGGUGAAGGUAUUACAUUUGAGCACAAUUUUGGCGGUAGAGUAAAAAUGAGACUUGGUGUGGAUCUAAAAUGUUGCAGUCGAAAUCUAGAUGUUUGCAAACAAUGUGGAAAACGGCUAGUAAAUGAUUAUUGGCAUUUAAAAAAUAAAAUAUUCUUAUGUAGAUUAUGUAUGACUAAAGAAUAUGAACAGCAAAAAAGAUAUAAAAAAUCGGACUUAAUAUUAUUCCGUAAAAUCCGAGAUUGUUCAAUUAUACAUCAACAUGGCUCGACUAUUGCCAAAACAUGGCUGAUACAUCCUAAAGUUGUCACACAAUGGACACGAAGGGAAGCUUACCUUUCUGCUUAUUUAAAAGGGUAA